AUGAAAAGCACUGGCUCAGAAUGGUUUCCAGUCUUGGUUGUUUGUAUGGCAGCAUUUCUUUCACAGGAUGUUCACGGCAUCCAAACACAGCUGAGUGGGUCGUGGUUUGGAAGGGUGGAAGUCUUGCGAGAGGAUACCAACCAGUGGGGGACAAUAUGCAGAAAUGACUUCACAGAUUCUGAAGCAGCAGCCGUCUGCAAGUCGCUGAAUUACGCUACAGGGAAAUCCGUGAACACGUGGCUUCACCAAGCAUCUCGACCAAUCCACUUUGACCAGGUGUCAUGUGGGAAUGGGUCACAUGACAACAUCGGGACAUGCUUGUAUGGAGGUGUUCCAUUGGACAAUUUAAAUAUCACCGAAUGGGGAGAUUUUUCGUCAUUGAAUUGUGAGGAUGCAGUUGUUUUUUGCUGGAAUGUCUCAGAACCGGAAUUUCGUCUAGUUCCUGGGCCAAAUUAUGGCCGCGUGGAGAUGGCCAUUGAUGGAAAUUGGGGCACGAUUUGUUCCAGACAUUGGCACUGGCAGGACGCAAGAGUUCUGUGCAAGGAACUGGGAUUUAUAGGUUGCGGAUACUUGUUUUAG